CUGGUAUGUCAGUGGUCGAUGACAGUGACAGCUGUUAACCGUUCAAGAUGAUCAACAAGUUCAAAGUGGUCGGCCUUGUGGCCGAUCUGAUGCCCAACAUUCGUCUGAUCCAGGCGUCCGGACAUUUUAUGUUCAACUAUUACGCAGACAAUUCGGGAUCGUUGCAUAUACUACGACUGGGCUACUGUUGCAUGCAUUUGUUUUUUGUACUCGUGCAAUAUGG